AUGGCUAGUACAGCAAGUAGAUUAUUGAAUCCUCGAUUUCUUGAUGCUAACGAAGAGCCCAAUCAAGUAUUGUUACCUAUCAGAGGCUAUGCCAAAGAGCCAUUAUUAUCGCUCGAAGAAGCUGUUAAACCAGUUUAUGAGUUACUCGACGAUCUUGACACUAUGGUAGAUACUGCAAUGCGAAAUUCGAAAAAGUCUACAAAUAAUCUUACUACAAAUGAAUCGGCUGCUAUACAUCUGUAUACGAUGCAAUGGGAAGAUCCUAGUGUAAGUCUUUACACUUUACUUAAUAGAACACUUCGAUCAGAACGACGUGAACCUCUUCGACCAUGGUUUCGCUAUCUUAAACUUAUUCUCACAGCAUUAUAUAAAUUACCAUCAUUGAAGAGUACAGUAUGGCGAGGUGUUCAUGGUAAUCUAAGUGAUGAAUACGAUGACGAUCAUAUAUGGUGGGGAUUUAGUUCAUGUACAGAGAGUUUAGAGAUUAUGGAACAAUUUGUUGGCAAGUCAGGAGUACGAACAUUAUUUAAUAUCGAAUGUAUUAAUGGUAAAGAUAUUCGAGCUCACUCAUUUUAUAAAAAAGAACAUGAAAUUCUGCUUCUACCUGGUACAUACUUUCGUGUAAUUAGUAAAUGGAGUCCUGCAAAAGAUUUGUAUAUUAUUCAUUUACGAGAAACACCUGCACCACGUCCUUAUCUUGAACCACCUUUCGGAUCAACAACACUAAAUACACCCGUUAGUACGCCAUCACCACCAACUACUGAUACGUCGAACAUAGAAGAUUUACAAAAAUCUUCGACCAUUUCGAUGAAACCAAGUAAGUAUUUUUUUUAUAAACUUCGACAUUUUCUAAUAAGAAAUCAAUAUUUUAUCUGUCGCAAUGUACUAAACACAUAAUCUUAUCGAAGUUUCUUUCAGUCAAAGAUAAAAUAUUCAAUUGUACAUCAUGAUAGACUAACGUCCGAAAGCCACAAAUUUGACCUUUGCUAGGCAAAUAAAUCAUAGUAGAAGAUAUGUAUGCUACAUGCUGAGAUUAUUUGAUAAACACAUUUUUCUAUAUGGGACAAUGAUAAUUUAACUGCGACUGUAUAUAUUUAGCUGAUAAAACCAUAGUUUAAACCGAUAUAGUUUAUAAUCUACGUUGUAUAAUUAUAUCCUCAUGAGAAAAAAGUCUUCUUUUUAUUGAUGUAUGUAUAAAUUUAAAUAAUAGAUUGACAAAAAAUUCACUCAUCUUACUAUAUAUGUAUCAAUCGGAGUUAUUUAUCGCGCUUCAAAAAAAUGACCAUAAAGAUUAUUUUUCAUUUAGGAACUCAAGAAUUCGCUGUAUCAGGUACUUACAAGGAACCUAUUUG